AUGCAUAUCCGCCUUGUGCUGUUGUGCGCUGCGGCGCUAGAGAGAGCAUCAACUGCGUACUCGCUGCAGCAGCAGCAGCAGCAGCAGCAGCAGCAGGGAGGUCUAAACCCUGCUGAUACAGGUUUUCUCCCCUCAACUGAUUUCUUAUCUGCAGGUCCAACAGAAGAAUUUGAUUAUCAUGAGGAGGAGGAGGAGCAGCAGCUGGAGAACGGUAACAGACUAAGGUCUGCUGCUGGUGCUGCUACUGGUGCUCGAGCUGCUGACCCUGCAUCCUUCACAGAUGCAACAAUAAGUGAAGAAGAAUUUGAACGUAUAUCAAGCUCAAUGAAGCCGUGUUUUCAAUCUGAAGACAGACAAGCAUGUGGCUCACGUGUGAAGGAAGAAGACUAUCCAGGGGGUCUUCACUGUCCUGUGAGUAGUUGUUGCAGUAGAACAGUUAUAGAACGCGGAUCUAUUGGUGGUUGGUGUUCAAAGAGUUGGGUGUAUUGUUCUUCUUCCCUUAUAUAUGAAGCUGAAUUCUCCUAUGGAACCUGCAAUUGCAGCGCCUUCAGAAACCGCUGCCCCGCCGGCAGCGAUUGCUUUGAUACGGAUUUCGGCCCUUAUUGCAAAUGCCAGACCGGCUUAGUUGAAACAGAGGGAGAUUUUGUAUGUACAUGCUUAGGAGGAUAUGUUUCGAAGAAACUUUCACAUGAACGCGAACAAUGCGUCUUUCAAUACUGA